CAAGCAACAAGAAAAAUCUCAGUAUCGAGCAUGCACCUAUAAAAUAACAAUGGUCUACUCUUGUCAUCUAGUGGAGCAAUUCACCCAAGGUCAUGUCUGUGAAGAAUGGCUUGUCUCAAUGAAUUUAAUGUGAAGUGAUUCUGAAGUUGGGCGUCAAUGAAUUUCUGGCCAUCAAAAAUGAAUUUAAAGACUGAUUUAAUAAUCAUCAGCAAUUUAUCAAUUUAAUAUUUUUACUCAAGCUUCAAUGAACUUUUGUUUCGCAAUCAAAUUGUAAAUGAAUUUUUAAAGUGAUUCGUUUGAUCGAUUAAAAAACACACAACGCACAAUGCAAAAACUUUCCUCGACAUGGCGUCAACAAAAGCAAAUUGGGUCCCGACAACAGGGAGGCCAGAAUCUUGUCAAAAACUCCACAACCGCAGCAAGCAAUCGGUCUGUUGCGACCAAAGUCCACCAACCGUGUACCAAGACUGUGAAGAGACUCGGACAACAUGUCAUACCAGUUGGUACAGGCUCGAGGAAUGCUGGUCAACCAGUUGAAAAGUUUGACAGACGAGAAACUGAUUUGAACAAACAGAGGGAGCAGACGAUUGGCCAGAGUUAUGAAGGGGCCCUGAGAAGAUCACCCAGACUGAAGAAUGGAAAGGAGAAAGAAAAUGGUGUUGGCUCUACAGCAUCCAUUAGAAAGAAGUCUGCAGUGUCGGUUCAGAUACGAGAUGUCAAUCCUUCAGUCGUGACUCCACAACAGCCUCUCUUGAAUACAGAGCAUCUUGGCCUUUCCUUCAGUUCCACCGGUGACCUGGAUGAGGACAUACUGAAAGCAAUGGAGGAAGCAGAAGCCAACUACUGCCAUGAAAGUAAGAAGGCAACUGGUGCCCUGCCCCAAGCCAACGAAGGGCUUGAAGCUCCAAAUUCCGAAGACAGAAAAGUUGUGACUAGCAGAACUACUGAUGCCACAUCGGAAGAAUUCUUGUUGUCGAACGACGACCAGUUUGAUGAAAACUCUGAAGAUUUGUUCACUGAAAUUAUACCAGAUAGAUCAAAAGAUGUUUUGAUCAACAAGAAGCCUAACUCAACUACAUCUAUUAUCAAAACAACUCGUUUGCAAUCAAAUUAUCCACCAAUGAAUUCCUCAAAAACAAGAUCUUCACGAUUAGACUUUCAGCCUAUUGAAACAGAAAAAGCUGAUGACUUGAAAAUUCCUUUAAGCAGAACCAAAGAACGAAAUAAUCGUGCAACUCAAAGUGCAAUAUUAAGAGAAUCUACAAAUCUUUCCAACGCAGAGAGUGUGACAAAACCUCCGGAGAUUGAUACUUUGCGAAACGACCUUGCGCAAAAGUUCAAUGACUUUUUAAAUUGCCACACUGAGAAGGAGACAUCACCUGCUGGCCAGGUGUACUGUGUCGACUCUCAAUCACAAUCCCCUCCAAGAAACCGACAAAAAGUUGAGCAUCGCAAGCGAAUAAUGGCUCAGAAAAAAAGAAAUAAAGGUAGCAAGACUGUAACAAACGCUAUUGAAAGUACAGAUGAUGUCGUCAGAACUCCUUUCAAUAAGUCUUUGGGUAAUCACAAGAAUCAUGAUGACCCCAGGUCGGAUGUGAGCCUUACCUCCCAAGCCGCAGGGUCAACCACCCUUACUCAGCCUACAAUAGACCCCUUACUCUUGACCUCAUGGGGGCUGCCAGACCCAGUGCUUGCCCAGUACCAUCGCUGUAACAUCACCCACAUGUUCCCCUGGCAGGCAGAGUGCCUUGCCCUUGGGAAGGUCCUGGAUGGCGGCAACCUUGUCUACUCGGCUCCGACGAGUGCCGGAAAGACUCUGGUAGCUGAGCUCUUGAUCUUAAAGAGGGUGAUGGAGACUAAGAAGAAGGCACUUUUCAUCCUGCCGUUUGUUUCUGUCACACGGGAAAAGAUGUUUUAUUUACAGACUAUGUUCCAGGAUGCAGGGAUACGAGUCGGUGGAUACAUGGGGAGUGAAGCCCCAGCUGGAGGCUUUAAGAAUGUCGACAUUGCCAUCUGUACCAUCGAGAAAGCCAACAGCCUGGUAAAUAGACUGAUGGAGGAGAAAAAACUGGACCAACUUGGUAUCAUAGUAGUGGAUGAGCUUCACAUGGUCGGAGACACACACAGGGGUUACCUUCUGGAAUUGCUACUCACCAAAGUACGCUUCAUGUCUCGGAAGUCACUCGGCAAGACAACUCAGAUGGAGAACUCGGAGGGUCCUUCAAGUGAAGUGUCACAAAACGCUGUCCAGCUCAUCGGAAUGAGCGCUACCCUUCCCAACCUCGACCACCUUGCAAGAUGGAUGGACGCCGAUCUCUACCGAACCGAUUUCCGCCCCGUCCCCCUCACCCAGACCCUCAAGGCAGGCAAGACGCUCUACGACGCCUCUUUGAGUAAGCUGCGCGACCUCAACCCUGCGCACAACAUCCCCGGUGAUGAGGAUCAGAUCUUACUCUUGUGUCUGGAGACGCUCGCCAUCGGGUGCUCCGUCCUGAUAUUCUGCCCCACGAAGAACUGGUGUGAGAAGCUCUGUGAGAACAUGGCCCGAGAGAUUGCUAGGCUAACCGGGAGGCUGCCUAAUUCUAAAAAAGAGGCCAGUAUCUCUAUCAAUCUCAACAUGCAAUCUCUUCAAGACGUCACUGAGCAACUCAAGAGGACUCCUGUGGGUUUAGAUCCGGUGUUGAGCAGAACGGUUCCAUGCGGUGUUGCUUACCAUCAUGCUGGUUUGAGCUUUGAUGAGAGGGACAUUCUUGAGGGAGCUUUCCGUCAGGGUGCAGUCAAAAUUCUCGUAGCCACUUCCACUCUCUCCUCGGGGGUGAACCUUCCUGCUCGGAGGGUGAUCAUCCGAAGUGUAAUGUUCAACAGGAGAGUGUUGGAUCCGCUUGUCUACAGGCAGAUGGCAGGCAGGGCUGGGAGGAAAGGUGUCGACACUGAAGGGGAAAGUAUCUUGAUCUGCAAGCCAAAUGAACGAGACAAUGCAGCUAAGUUAAUGCAAGCUGUAUUACCACCGGUACAAAGCUGUCUGAAGAAACCAGGACAGGACUUGAGCAACUCUAUGAAGAGGGCUAUACUUGAGGUGAUUGCCAGCGGGGCGGCUUCUACCCCUGAAGAUGUCUCCAAUUAUGCUGGGUGUACCUUACUGGCUGCAGGGUUGACCUCUGACCCUUCAGUCAAUGCCAAUCAAGAAGACAAAAGUAGCACCGCAACCGCCAUUCAGAAAUGCACCAAGUUUCUGCAGGAGCAAGAAUUUGUUAUUCUCCAGAAAGUUCCAGCGGGAGAUGAACUCCAAGAGGUCUUCCGACCCACCCAGCUCGGGAGUGCCACCCUCGCCUCGGCUCUCUCCCCUGAUGAGGCUCUCGUUGUUUUCUCUGAGCUUCAGAGAGCCAGGAAAAACUUUGUGCUGGAGAACGAUCUGCAUCUACUCUAUCAGGUGACCCCAAUCUACGACCAGGGUUUCCAACCAGACUGGUACGAGUUUAUGUGCACCUGGGAGAAUCUCUCCUCGGACAAACGUCGCGUCGCCGAGCUCGUCGGCGUCGAGGAGCGAUUCUUGAUCCGCGCCGCCCAGGGCACGGUGUCGACUCAUAACGCCAAGCAGCAACAUGCCAUGGCAGUGCACAAGCGUUUCUACACCACGUUGAUUCUGAACGACUUGGUGAGGGAGAUGCCGGUUGUUGCUGCAGCAAGGAAGUACGGAUGUGCAAGGGGGCAGCUUCAAAGCCUGCAGCAGUCAGCAGCAACAUUUGCAGGCAUGGUGACAGUGUUCUGCAAUAAGCUUGGCUGGACCAAUCUAGAGCUUCUCCUCUCUCAGUACCAGAGUAGACUGACCUUUGGCAUCCAGCGUGAGCUCUGUGAUCUGGUCAGGUUAUCCCUGCUCAAUGCUUUCCGUGCCAGGUUGCUGUACGGCAGUGGGUUUGCAUCGGUCGCUGCUGUAGCUGCAGCUAAACCUUUGGAUAUAGAAAGUGUUCUGCGUAAAGCUGUGCCUUUUAGAAGUUCAAGGAAAGCAAUUGAUGAGAAGCAGUUUGAGGUCGAUGAGAGAAAGAGUUCCCGUUGUAUUUGGGCCACAGGACGCAAAGGACUGACUGAACAUCAAGCAGCUGUGAUGAUCGUUCAGGAAGCUAAGGGUCUCCUCAAGGCAGAUCUAGGAGCUCUUGGAGUCGAGUGGAAACCAAAAGAGUCCCAAGAUGGAGAGGAUGAUGCUCCCCAAGGACCUUGCAAUGAUGAUGUCCUGCCUCUGAGACGUUCAAUACCAUCUGCCUCAAACCCCUUGAGACUAAACCUUGGUGAAAACAUCCUUCACCAACAUUCAACGGACAGAACUGGUAUAACACCUUCAGGGUCUGAUGCUGAUCAGACUCGGAAAGACUCGAAUCCAUCCUCUUCAAAAUCUGGUGAUGAUGUUGACAAGCCUCAGGGUGGUUCAAGACCAUCUGCCCCAAACCCCUUGAGACUUAACCCUGGCAAAAACAUCCAUCGCCAACAUUCAUCGGACAGAACUAGUAUUAGAUCUUCAAGAUCUGAUGCUGAUCAGACUCGGAAAGACUUAAGUCUAUCCACGUCCAAACUGCAGACUACAAACAGUAAUCACAGCUUUCAACAACAGGCCUCAACAAAUGGUAUUCAAACCACUUCGGGUACAGGGAAAUCAAUCUCCAGCGGUCUGCAAAGUUUCGUUGGAAGACCUUGUUGUGAAGCACUUCCGCAUAAUGAGUCAUCAAAGGACUCACCAUCAAGCGCCCUGGAGGAAAGUUCCAGACAUGAAAUUGAAGCUAAGGACAAAGCUCCCUCAAACACAAGCAUUACAAUGAACAGGAAAUUGGCAAGGGACGUCCAACUAGGUGCAACUUCAAGGGCUUCUGGUAGUGGCGAGAGAAAUCAGCUUCAAUCCAGAGGUCUAUCAGCUAAAACAGUGCCUGUUAGUCUCCACUCUCAUGCUAGUCACACAAAUAUUACAGAUGCCACAUCCAAAUCAUCUAAGGUCAGAACUGGGAAGGAUAACAUGCCAACUCCCACUUCUACUCUUCACCCAACUACAAGAAAUAGUUCCAGUUCAGAUACCUUGCCAUUCAGUAGUUUAACAUAUGUGGGAUCUUCCGAGUGUAAUAUGCAAUGUGGGAACAAAAUUUCAAAGACAAGUACUAGUGCAUUAUCUGAGGAUAAGAAUGAAAGCCUGUUGAGGAGUACAGAGAGUACUGUAGUGUCUGGAGGCAACAGUGGAGCAAUGUCUGGUGUGGAAACAAGAGCGAAGGGAAGGGCUAGGAGUAUUACCAUUAAAGCAGUCGUCCAUGUAGAUUCAUCAGGAACGACUGCCGGUCCAAACUUUGAAACCGACGGCAAAGCCAUACCGGACAGAAGGAAUACAUUUCAAGAACUACCAGUUAAGAAGUCUAUUUCAAAAUCAAAACACCUAGACUGUCUUUCCAUCGUUUCUAUUGGUUCACAGUCUCCCAAUCAAAUGCUGAAGCCAGCCUCUGUAGUUGGCAGAAAUCCAAAUCCAGCAUCAGAUGGAUUAGCACAAGAGAAACAAACGCCGGCAGCAGCCAAGAACAAUAAAAAUAUGGUUGGGCAAGAUACGUCCCCAGAGUUAUUCUCUCUCCCAAACAGUCCCUCCCAAGACAAAAAAGAGGCCACCAAAGAUAACAACUCUUCUUCAAAAGAGAGCCAGCCAAUCUCUCCAGACUUCUCCCCUCUCAAUACGCAAAUGUUGUUGUUCCUAGAGCAGCAGGAACUUGCCAACUGUAAGAAAAAGUCACCAACUUCGCCAGACUGUGUUCCUGUUCCUGAAAAACAAGUACCGUCUGUAAGUAGCAAAGCUUUGAACAAGUCCCCUUCAGGUUCUUUGCUGGAGAAGUCGUUAGAAGUGGCUUCAGAGGAAUCACUCGCCUUUUCUCCUCUUGAUCCAGAGUUGUUGAAGCUUAUGGACAAAUACCAAGAGGAGGAGACAAAGAAUGUACCUGUACCAAAAAUGGAGACUUUGACUCAUUCCUCAGCUCCUCAGCCUUCCUACUCCCCCCUGAGUUCUCAAGCCUUGCUCUUCGAUGACAGUACAACCAGCGAGCUUGAUCCUUCGCAAGCAACAUGCGAAGAGCUUUUUCCCGCCUCCUUCAUGUCAACAUUUCCAACGCUGGAUUCUCAGAUUUUAAAACUCGUUGAUGGACCAUUCUCUUCAAGGAAUGACCUGGCUGCGAAGUAUGCCUCGCCAGCUUUGAAGACUCCAGAGGAAGGGAGAGUAAAGAGGGUCUCUGUUAAGGGCUCUCACAGGAGGAGCUCCUCAACGGGCCGGUCGAGUUCCAACAAAAAACAGAAGCUCGUGGUAACCUUCUGCCAAUCAGAAUCACCAUACUCUGAAUUUUUUCAAGAUGAAGACAUGAUUCUUGAUCUUGCGGAGACAUUAGAGUGCUCAUUUGUCAUCGAUCGGACAGAACCCUUUGCAGACAAGGUGACUCAAAAUCUUGCUGCUCACAGCUUGUAUAGUGUUGAUGAGCAGACUCUUCACCAACUUUCUUGUAAUAGCAAGAUCAGCCAGAAUAGAAAAAGAAGAAGCAUUCCAAGAGGUUCUAAUGUCGAGGUUUCUAAUGGUGCGGGAAAUAGUCUUGCCAUUAACCAAGACAAAGUAGAGCCUUACCCUUAUUCACAUCUUGAAGAGGACCUUGCUCUUGCUGCAGAAUGGAGUGACUUCUUCUCACCCGAUAAAAGCCAACAAGUUCAGAGCUCUCGCCCGAAAUCCAACCUUAAUGAUGAUGAAGGAGCAGUUUCACAUAGUGCCAAAAAGUCUACCUCAAACCAAAAGGGUGAAAAAGAAAAACUACCAUCCACGAAAUUCCAAACUGAACCUGGAAUGGUUCCUGUUAUUCCGAGUGGAUCUGAAAUUCACAGCAAUGGUGUUCCUGGGAAUUCGUCACGGUCCUCUGCCAAAAUGAGAGCGUUUGAAAGAACUGAACAAAAAAGAUCGGAGAUGGAAUCAGAACGAGUAAAAAAAGUUUCAGCAAAGGACAUUGGAGAUAAAAACUUAUCUGAUCAGCUUAGUCCAGGUACAGUGGCUAUGCUGGACCUGUUUGCCGGGGAUUCCUUCUCUCAAUUCUCUUCCCCAUUUUCCAAAACAGUUUCUAAUCCCACCCCUGCAACCAAAAAUAACAAUAAGAACAACUCCAGAGGUGUUAAGUUAAUAGACCCUCGUAAGAUGGAUGAAACCAAAAGAGAACAAAGAAAAAGAAGAAGCGGAGAUGGCAUCACUGAUGUCAUCCAAGAUUUCCCAACCAAGAAGCCAUGUAAGGGAAGAAGUCCACCCUCUGACAGUGAAACAGAUCUUGAAACCCAAAAUACGAGAAGGAAAAGCGAAGGAGAUGCAAUCCCGCCUACUCCGCCAAAAGAUAAACCCAACACACCGAAGCUUCUCAAAGGAACCCCCAAGCAGAAAUACGUUUUAGAGACGGACACUCCACGAUCUCUACGUCUCAAACAGAGAUCUACAACUAAACAGACGCAGGCUACAAAGCGAGGAAACACUGCAAGGAAAUCUAAUACCCCUUUGCGGAGAGCAAGAAAGUCUCCCCGAUCGAAGAAGAACAUCUUAAAGUUUGUUGAAACACCGGUCAUCUCUUUGAAUCAUCUUUCAUCGCCUGCGACCACGCCUCAAAUCUUCUCACCUGAUGUGGAUUUAAACGCUGCCCAAGGUGCUUCUCAGCUGUCCCUCCAUCUUGACUCUGAAAGCAGUUUUGAAAUCGAACCUCCGACUCCACAAGUAAGAAAGCCAGGUCGUACAAAACAUCUUCAAUCUCCCUCUCCCAGGAGUAAACUGCCUCCCACUCCACUCCGAGUUUCUUCAUCUCAGUUCUCAAGCACACAGGGAACCUUCACUGUCAUUGAUGUGUGCUCAAGCAAACAGCUCUUCCAGACUUUCUUAAAGGAGUGGAGUAACAAGACAAGGUACUCGCUGUCGGUGGCUUGUGAGAAAUACAUCCCUCCAGUUGAAGGUGGCGGAAUCGGAGGAAAUAUAAGAAAAGCUAUACCAAAGCCCAAGAUGUCUGAGGUAGAUGGUUUCCAGGUUGGUGAUGAAGGGUUGCUAGUGAUUGGUCUGUCUGUAUGCUGGGAGGACAAAGACGCUUACUUCAUAUCACUCCAGAAGGAUGUCAAGGACGUUGACCCUGAUGAUAGUCUAGCCCAGCCUCCCUUGGACCCAUCCUUAACGAGUCAAGACCGUCUACAAGCAGUAAAGACCAAGCUGGAACAGGUGUUUGUAGAGCGUAGAGGUGGAGGGACUGAUCAAGUCUACCAACUUGCAUUCGACUGUAAAGAACACUACAAAGUCCUGAGCCGUGGUUGCGGUGUGACCUUACGAGGUCAUCUAGCUGACCCCAAGGUCGCUCAUUGGCUGAUUGACCCAGGGUCAAAGGAGAGGAAUCUGCAUGGGAUGGUCACUCACUACGUACCACAUGAAGCAUCACUUUUAGAAGGUAUUACCGGAGGAGUAGGUAUCAGCAGCUUGGGUCUGUUAGCUCAAGAGCAGGGUACCGGGCGUAUCCGAGCAGCCACAGAGUCUGUUCUGGUUCUGAGCUUAAUGGAUAACCUGGAGACCACGCUGAAGGAAGACGGACUCUAUAAAGCAUUCUCAGAGGUUGAGAUGCCAUGUAUGGGAGUCUUGGCUCGUAUGGAGUUGACAGGAUUUGGAUUCAGCCCAGAGGAGUGUGAGACUCAGAAGGAGGUCAUGCAGGCUAAGUUGGCAGCGUUAGAGGAACAAGCAUACCAGAUGGCUGGCCAUGGAUUCUCUCUAACGUCACCGGAUGAUGUCGCUCAGGUCCUGUUCGUUGAGCUUCAACUGCCCCCAAACGGCGAUCCCUCUCUCGCUGCCACCACCACAACAGUCCAUAAGACACUCAGCACUCGAGGGGGCAGAGCACGCCUUCCUAAGCACUUCAGCACCGCUAAGGAUUCCUUGGAGAAACUCCGCCCGUUUCAUCCCCUUCCCGGGCUGAUCCUGGAGUGGAGACGCAUCUCGGGGGCCGUCACUAAGGUCGUGUUUCCCCUGAUGAAGGAGAGGAAGACGGAUGGGAGACUUGGAAGGGAGAGGAUCUAUGCUACCUGUCAGACUCAUACAGCAACAGGUCGUGUGUCCCUCUCUGAUCCAAACAUCCAAGCAAUCCCCCGAGAUUUUGAGAUUGAGAUGCCAUCGGCCAUCGGUGAAAGCCCUCCUCUAGGGGUCGAUCCAUCGACUGUUGCUUCAUACCACACCAGGACUGGCACCAGACACCGUCAGGGUCCAGGCCGACAGGGCAGGGGAGCAGCCAGAAUGGCCCAAGAAGGAGUUGAACCUGCGCCGUCUUGUGCAGUUAGCGUCCGUCAUGCUUUCUGUCCGUUUCAAGGUGGCGUUCUACUAGCCGCUGACUACUCCCAGCUUGAGCUCCGCAUCCUGGCCCAUCUCUCCGGAGAUAAGAAGCUAGCAGGAAUCCUGAACGGUGGAGGAGAUGUAUUCAAGUGUAUUGCCGCUCAGUGGAGGCAGGUCAAUGAGGAAGAUGUCACCCCAAAGCAACGACAACAAGCUAAGCAGAUCUGUUAUGGGAUGGUGUACGGUAUCGGAGCCAAGGCUCUUGGUCAGCAGCUUGGAGAGGCAGAGGAAGAGGCUGCAGCUUUCAUGGACUCUUUCAAGAUGCAGUACAAAGGCAUGAAAAGCUACAUCAAGGACACCGUAGCCAAGUGUCGUACCAAUGGCUAUGUAGAGACCAUCCUCCAUCGCAAGCGAUUCCUGCCGGCCAUCAAUCACACCAAUCCAGCAGCCAGGAACCAGGCAGAGCGUCAAGCGGUCAACACCACCAUCCAGGGCUCGGCGGCCGAUCUUGUCAAAGCUGCAAUGGUCAAGAUAGACCAGCGACUUGUAGAGGAGUUUCCGAACACUGCCCUCACACAUCGUCACAGGCGGGAGUUUGAGAGGGGUUCAACGCAACGGCGCAAGAGCCGCAGGUUCACCCCCGUCACUCCCUCUGGAGCAUUCUUAGUUCUGCAACUACACGAUGAGCUCAUCUAUGAGGUCCACAGGGAGGAUGUCAUCCAGGUAGCACAGCUGGUCAAGACGGAGAUGGAGUCAGCACUGAAACUGAGCGUCAGGGUACCAGUGAAGGUAAAAGUGGGCCCCACAUGGGGGCGUCUUGAGGAUUGUGAUAUUUAACUCUAUCUUUCAAGCAUCCGUCCUCAAUCCAACACCCGAAUAGCAGAUGGAAAUUUGCAUCGGGGAUAAAGAAUAUUAGUU